AGAGAGAGACCAAAAAAAAAAAAAAAAUAUAGACGGUCUUUUGUCAGUUCUUUGUACGGAGUAGAGUAACCAGAACCUUGAGGCGUGUGGGAUAUUUCUUUGAGGCGGAGGGGAAGGCGGGAAAGAAGAACAAUGGCUCGACCGUGUGAUUCAGAGCAGAAGAACAAUAUUAUCAAUCCCAUUGACAAGCAUCUACAGCAGAGAAGAAUACCCUUCCUGGAUAAAAAAAAAAUGACAGAGAUAUAAGAAAGAGAGAGGAAUAAUUCCCAACUCUGGUCUCUCUCUUGAUGCCUAUCCCAGCGCGAGGAAGACAUCGGCGAAGAGUUCAGUUUCCUGCCCAGACAACACCAGCACCAGCACCAGCAGCUGGAAAUCUCGACAGACGUUUGCGGGAGGCUGAGUCUGCGUCUGCGUCUGCGUCUGCGAUUUCUCCUGUCCCUAAAAUAAUGACAACCACAGCAGCACGUGCCGGCGUGUCUACGCUGUUCACUGUGCGUCCGCUGAUUCGCGACCCGCUCGUCACGGAAACCUCCCAGCUCCAGGACGAGACGGUCGACGUCUGCCUGCCUUUCCUCCAGGGGACCGCGGCCGCGCAGAAACCCCCCUUCAACGUGCACGGCGUGCCUGCGCUGCAGCGUGACAGCCAUGUAGCCUACCUAUACGAUUCGCUCGAGGACUAUCCCGCCGGCUUUGUCGGGUUGGAUGCCAGUCGGCCCUGGAUGGUCUACUGGGCGUUGGCGGGCUUGUCUCUGCUCGGCGAGGACGUGACGAAAUUCCGACGACGCGUUUGUGCGACAUUUACACCUAUUCAGAACCAAUCUGGAGGAUUCGGCGGCGGCCACGGUCAGAUAUCACACUGUGCACCGACGUAUGCUACCAUUCUGUCCCUGGCGAUGGUGGGGGGUGACGACGCUUUCAAAUUGGUCGAUCGAACCGCAAUGUGGCGGUGGUUGGGAAGGUUGAAACAGCCCGAUGGGAGCUUCAGGGUUUGUGAGGGUGGCGAGGAAGACGUGCGUGGUGCAUACUGUGCGAUGGUGAUUAUCUCGCUACUGGAUUUGCCACUGACCUUGCCCCCCGACGCUGAGGCUCGGAAACACGGCGUGGAGACGUUCACGAGCGGCUUGGCAGAGUAUUUGUCGAGGUGCCAGACAUACGAGGGAGGUAUCUCUGCGAGCCCCGGGACGGAGGCUCAUGGUGCAUAUGCAUUCUGUGCUCUCGCAUGCCUGUGCAUCUUGGGCGAGCCGGAGCAGACCAUCAAUCGGCAUAUGGACGUUCCGCUGUUGCUGUCCUGGCUGUCAGCCCGUCAGUAUGGCCCCGAGGGAGGAUAUUCGGGAAGAACCAAUAAGUUGGUCGACGGUUGUUACAGUCACUGGGUGGGCAACUGCUGGCCGCUGGUCCAAGCCGCUCUGAACGGGAGACAGUCUGCAGCCAGUCCGACGCUGGCCGUCGGCAAUCUAUAUAGCCGCGAAGGGCUGACUCGAUAUAUUCUGUCCUGCUGUCAGGCCAAGAAUGGCGGACUGCGUGAUAAACCUGGAAAACACCAAGACUCGUAUCAUACCUGCUACACACUCGCCGGGCUGAGCACAACCCAGUAUCACCACUACCAUACAGACUCCAGCACCGUGUUGGCGGGACCCUUCAACUCUGCGUUUUCCUGGCAGUAUUUGCGGAUCGCAGCCAGCGAGGCAGUGUUGACCGAGCCAAGCUCCGACGCAAGUGUCUUCAGCGAGGGGGACCGCCUCGCCGCCUUCCACCCGCUGUAUGUCAUUCCUCACCAGGCGGCGGCGAGUAUGCACGCAUGGUGCUCGGAACAGAGGUGGAUUUGAGAUUCCAAACCGGGCUGUAUAGUGAUUACGAGGGUUUAUGAAGUCAUUGAUUCCGAUAUCAACAUUAGGACUUCUACAUAACCAACUACUCCGUACCGAUCUACUACCUACCUACUUCAUUUCUCAAAUAUGAUUUCUAUUCAAUUUCUAAUCACCCACUAUUCCGUUCUACUCCGUAUUCCGGACUCAUAACUCCCGCGCAAGUGACCGUGCCACAGACAUUCCCCACUGCCAACGCAUCACGCAUCAGCGCCCGUCACUACGACUAGUUUAGUCUGCGACAAGGCAACCGGCGACAUGCAGAUCUAGAUCAAUGACUAUCCUAGCAUGAUCAAGAUACUGUAUUGUUCUACUAUGUACGGAGUACUCUAUUAUCCAUUGUACGGAGUAACCUAUAACUUGGACAGUAACUACAGCUAGCUAACUACUACAUAAACACCUCCUAUAUAGUUACUAUAUAAC